AUGGACGAUUCGUAUGAUGGGGAAUUCGACGGAGGAGAUAGUGAGCACGAUGAGGACAGUUAUGACACGGCGAUGGAGGAUCAAAUGGAUGGGGAUGAUGACUUGGAGGGAGAGUUUACUGCACCAACUACAGACGAUGCCGAAUAUUGGGAUGGCAUCACAUCCGGCGAAGAAGAUGAUGACAAUGAUGGAGAUGGAUCCGGGUUUGAGGGACUUGAAGAAGAGAUACACCGAUUGCAUGGGGAGGAUGAUGAAUUGCCCGAAAUGAUCGUGAUUUCGAGGGAUUUGAAGGUCUUCAUAGAGAGGAUGAUGAGGACAAGGAGGAGCAGGCGGGUGGGUUCACGGCAGCACCUCAAUCGUCCGAGGGCUGGGACUCACACUUGUGCGCACCAAAUACGAAAUACGCAAGCGGAUUACAAAUACCUGGGAAGACGAAUCAAGAGUAUCGUAAGCGAUAACCUUGAUAUUACGCUCCCCGCCCUCAAGAAAAUGAUUCUCCGGGAAGUUCGUGUUGAUGCUAGUAUGCAUAAGGUCUAUCGGGCAAAAAAGUACGCAAUGCAGAUGAUUCGAGGGGACAGGAAGGAGCAAUAUCGCCGGUUGUAUGACUACUGUGCGACUUUCUGCAAGUACAACGAGGGCACCAAUCUUAUAUUGGAUGUAAAUGGCGACAGUGAUCCUCAUGUUUUGCGCAUAAUGUAUUACUGCCUGUCGGGGUUGAGGGAUGGUUUCUUAGAUAAGUGUCGUAUGAUUAUAGGUCUGGAUGGCUGCUUCCUAAAGGGAAUUUACAAGGGGCAGCUGCUCACGGCAGUUGGCCGUGACCCAAACGAGAAUAUAUAUCCUCUAGCAUUUGCGUUUUUCGAGAUUGAGAAAUUCGAGACAUGGGACUAUUUCUAG